UAAAUUUAAAUUUCACAUAAAUGUCUUAAAACGGAUCUGGCAACACUGUUGUAAUUGAAUGACUUCGCAAAUCUGGUGAAGCUACGGAGUGGAUACAAUAAUUUUUUAAGUGAAGGCUCAGGUCUUAACAACGUAAGAAAAAUAUCAAUGAGAAAAUACAUAAGCUGGUGUAUAUAAUAGGAAAGAGAUCAGAAAAUAUAUUUAAACACGAUGCAAUAUCCAAACGCCGUUGCAAUGGAAAACAAUGAGUUUGUUCCGAAUUGUUUAAAUCGUUUGCGGCGGAUCCUGCUUCGAAUGGAUAUCCUGCUAGAGCUGCUAGACGAGCAGACCCUGUUUGGUACCGACAGCCAUCUUGAAACCCUGGAUCCAGUCCGCAAGCACAACAUUGGGGUCAUCAUGAUGAUGUUGCAGCGGUACGCCUUCGACCUGAACGCAGAAUGUCUGGGUCUCAACGCAGCACUGGGCUCAAAUGGCAUUAUGAAUACCUUCCGUCAACUGAAUGGCAGACUGCAGGUCCUCAACCGCUAUAUCAGUGAACUCUCCCGGUAUGGACGAGAUUUAAAUGAUUAAUCUAUCAGGAUCGAGGAUCUUCAAAUAUAAAAAAGUUAAACAAACUACACGCAAUUCAACACUGCCAGGGAUCUCAAACAAUCGUUCGGCAAAACAUCAAUAUUUCAACAACAUUUUGCCUUAAUUAAAACUACACUUCAAGUUUAAGAUUUAUUGCAGUGAUAAUUUUGUGAAAGCGUCGCCUAUCAGAAAACACAAUUUUGUCCUUCCAUGAUUUCUAAAUAACUGACAAACAACUUUGUGGCUCAUAAAUAAAGUUUCAAUGAAAUGGUA